GGCAGCGGCGUCGCCCUGAGCUCGGCCUCUGCGCUGCGCGGGAGCCCGGCCGCCUAGGCAGCCUAGGUCGCCACAGCCUCUCUCGGGCAUGAACCGGGGCUCCCGCCGCCGCCCUCCGCUCUGCUCGCUGCUGCCGCUGAAUCCGUGCUGUGGGCCCGCGCCGGGAACAUGCCCCUGGCUGCCUACUGUCACCUGCGGGCCGUGGGCAGGGGCAGCUACGGGGAGGUGACGCUCGUGAGGCACCGGCGGGACGGCAGGCAGUAUGUCAUCAAAAAACUAAACCUCCGAAAUGCUUCCAGCCGGGAGAGGAGAGCUGCUGAACAAGAAGCUCAACUUUUGUCUCAGCUGAAGCACCCCAACAUUGUCACCUAUAAGGAGUCAUGGGAAGGAGGGGAUGGUCUGCUGUACAUUGUCAUGGGCUUCUGUGAAGGAGGUGAUCUGUACAGAAAGCUCAAGGAGCAGAAAGGGCGGCUUCUUCCUGAGCGUCGGGUGGUGGAGUGGUUUGUUCAGAUCGCAAUGGCUCUGCAGUAUUUACAUGAAAAGCAUAUCCUUCACAGAGAUCUGAAAACUCAAAAUGUUUUCUUAACAAGAACAAACAUCAUCAAGGUGGGUGACCUGGGAAUCGCUCGAGUGUUAGAGAACCACUGUGACAUGGCUAGCACCCUCAUUGGCACACCCUACUACAUGAGUCCUGAAUUGUUCUCAAACAAACCUUACAACUAUAAGUCUGAUGUUUGGGCCCUGGGAUGCUGUGUUUAUGAAAUGGCCACCCUUAAGCAUGCUUUCAAUGCAAAAGACAUGAAUUCUUUAGUUUAUCGGAUUAUUGAAGGAAAGCUGCCGCCAAUGCCGAAAGAUUAUAGUCCAGAGUUGGCAGAACUGAUAAGAACUAUGUUGAGCAAAAAGCCUGAAGAAAGACCUUCUGUGAGGAGCAUCCUGAGACAGCCUUACAUAAAACGCCAAAUCUCCUUGUUUUUGGAGGCCACAAAGGCAAAAACCUCCAAAAAUAAUAUUAAAAAUAGUGACUCUGAAUCCAAGUCCGUUACUACAGUGGUUUCUGGAAAGACUGAAUCAAAUCAUGAAGUAGAUCUCCCCCACCUACACUCUUCUGAGGAUUCCAAGAUCUAUACAAUGGCUGAAGACAAAUGUUUGUCCCAGGAGAAACCCAUAGUCAUUGACCCCUUGAAGACACCUAUAAGUUUGAAAGGCCACACCUGCAAGGCAGACAUGAGCAGUACUGCAAAAUCACUGGCUACAAUCAGUAGGGUGAAUAUUGACUUCUUACCAGCAGAAAGAAGGGACUCAGUGAAUGUUGCCUUAGUUCAAGAGAAUCAACCAAGCCACUCAGAUGCUUCUAUUGAGCUAGAAGGUAAAUGCAAUAUUUCUCAAGUGAAGGAAAAUCUGCAGUAUAACACUAAGUCCGGCAUUCAACCUGGAAACCCAGUUUCUACACGAGCCUCUGAUGAUGUUACUGGGCAAAGAGCUGACCCAGGGAAUCCUCUGCAGCCCCUAAACAAAGACCAAAAGCCAAAGAACCUGGCUCGAGAUGCUGGUAAAUAUAUUGUAGAAAAACAGAACAGCAUUUAUCCAGGUUCACAGCCACAUAACUCUGGAUCAGAGCCUUCCCUGUCUCGACAGCGACGGCAGAAGAAAAGAGAACAGACUGAGCACAAUGGGGAAAAGAGACAGGCUUCUCGACUUUUGCCUUUUCCUCCUGUUAUUGGAAAAGUAGAUUCAAAACAAAAGGAUGCUGAAAACCGAAGUGCUGUGGUUACUGCAUCUGUGAGCAGUUCAAGGAACAGUGAGAUAUCAUCAAAGGAUCGGCCAUUAUCAGCGAGAGAAAGGAGGAGACUAAAGCAGUCACAGGAAGAAAUGUUCCCCUCAGGCCCUUCAGUGAGGAGAGCUUCUCUGAGUACAGUGGGGCCAGAGAAAUCACACGAGGAAGGCCAGCCCAAUCCAACUGGAUGGUUGUCUUCUGACUGCACUGUUGCUCAGGAACAGAAACUCACCCAUUGUGUUUCUGAGGAUGAGUUAAGUUCUUCUACAAGUUCAACUGAUAAAUCAGAUGGGGAUUCCAGAGAAGGGAAAAGUCAUACAAAUGAAAUGAGUGAUUUGGUACAAAUGAUGACUCAGACCCUAAAAUUGGACUCUAAAGAAAGCUGUGAAGAUCUUCUAGUACCAGAUCCAAUGUCAGAAUUUAAACUUCAUCGGAAGUAUCGGGACACGCUCAUACUUCAUGGAAAGGUCACAGAAGAAACAGAGGGACUACAUUUUAAAGAGCUACCUUCAGCUAUAAUGCCAGGUUCUGAAAAGAUCAGAAGGAUAGUUGAAGUCUUGAGAGCUGAUGUAAUCCAGGGCCUGGGGAUUCAGCUUUUAGAACAGGUGUAUGAGCUUUUGGAAGAGGAGGAUGAAUUGGAGAGAGAGGUACGUUUACAGGAGCACAUGGGUGAAAAGUAUACAAUUUAUAGUGUGAAAGCUCGCCAGCUGAAAUUUUUUGAAGAAAAUGUGAAUUUUUGAGAAUUGAUUCUAAUCUGCUGCCAGAAUUGAAGAGCUAUUUUUAAAGGACUUUUGCUUAAAGAAAAGCAAGUCCAUGGCAUUCACCAUCCUUGUAUCUUUUUUUUUUUUUUAACUUAAGCAAGCUCACAAAAGGAAAAGAAAAAUUUUGGCUAUCUUAUUCUUUUAUAAUGAAAAAUGUGUUUGAUUAUUGUCUACUGAGCCUUAACUACCAAUAUCUAGAACUUUAUUUUUUUAAUAUACUAAUAAGCUUGAAUUAGCUAAAUACAAGACCAUAAGAAAUUGUAUAUUUUAUAUUGUAAUACAGUGAUAAAAGCAAUAGGAGAAAUAAAUGAUGUAAUGUCAGUGAUACUGCUUGUUGUUAAUAACUUUAAAUAGUAGUUGGUAAAUUAUUUUCUUAAAAAGUCAAUUCAUGAUUCAAGAUUUAAAGAAUAUCUAGUAUCUAGUACUAGAGUAUCUAGUAUGAAGUAUAUAGUACUUAAGCAGUUGAAUUCCUUUUCUACAUAUUGAUGGAUAUUUAAUGUUCUGUUUUCAUUUAAUAUGAACCUAAAUUAGGGUAUACAAGAAUUAGAACAUUUUGUUAUUUUGGCUUUGUAAGUAGUGUUUUUACAUACACUAAAAAAAAUUUAGAAUUUCCAUAUGAAAACAUUUCUUAAAUAUGAAUUCCUUUUCCAAUUAACAUCUAAGUCAAGUCCAGAUCCGUUAAGUUAUGUUGGACAUAUGUGACACUUAAGGUUUGUCAUCUUGUACACCAAGAUAUUGGUUGUCUCCCCAUUUUUAAUGUAUUAAAGUAUCUAUCUCAUUUUAUCAGUUGUUUAAUUGGGAGUACUGCCCAUCUAGGAAAUAAAGUUUUUACAAAAUAGAAGUCUUGAUUAGUAAAUUUUUACUUGUAUAAUUCAAGGGACUCUUAAAAAUAAAUACUGCUCUGGUAUAUAUAUAUCUAUAUAAUUAAAAAUGUAUCUUCUAUUCUUUGAGAAUUAUACGUACACAUGAAACACUAAUGAAAUGUUCUAUCCUUUCUAGUCAUUUGACACUUUUAUUUACUUUUUACUUUGUGCCAGGUGCUAUGGCAAGAAUUGGGGAUAUAUACAAAUACUGAUAUAUAGUGAUAAGUAAAACAGUACUCCCUGCCCUGUCUUUAACUAUGCUCAUAGUUUCUGAGACUUUAUUUAUUUUAAUACUGCUGUAUUUAACAUUAUUCAGGUAUCAAGACCACUCCCUCCAACUAUGGCACCUAGAAAACAUUUCAUCCACUGCUCUGUUUGGCUGCCAAUUCAUUCAUCCCACUCAUCAUUUUCAAUAGAUGAAAUAACUUGCUUUUUACCCUAUUUUCAAGGUCUUAAUUUUUAAAUCACAUUUAUUAUACUUAACUGCUAUGCUUAAUCAUUUCUACCUUCUUAAUUUUUUCUUUUUCUGACUUUUGCUAUAUUAUUUGUUCCUUUUUUUAAACUCAUAGUUUGGAAGUUUGAAUCCUGGUAUAGAGAAAUAGAGUAUUAAUUAAAUUAGUAACUUAGUUCCUCCCACUCCCAUAGCUAUUACAAGACCAUUGGAACCUUUCUCUUCGGCCCUCUGGAAAAUUUAAAAUGAAUUUAUAGCUUUACAAGUUUUUAUCUUGGUCUAAUUAAGGAAGACAUAUAUAUUGGAGAUUGGUAGUUACAGAAAAGCGAAAUAGUGCUUACUGACAUUUUUAAAACUACAAGCUUCUAAAUUUAACUUUCACUAUUAGUCUUGAACAAAAAAACUCUUUAGAUACAGA